GAUAUACCUCAUGAGUAUAGAUCGAAAGUCACAAUUAAACUAUUUGAAAGUAUCGAUAUUCAAUUAAUUGAAUUCAUUAACAAUGAUGAGAAAUUACUUGUAAUUAGUAACGAUACUAAAAAUGAUAAUAAGCUUAAGAUUCUAAUCUGUGAUGUGUAUGAUUAG